UUGACAAGAAUCCAACAUUAUCAUCAUUCUUUUUUUUACUCCCUCAAGAGAACUUUUGUCACUGCUCCUUUCUCAUUUCUCAUAUCAUCAUCUAAAGUAAAAUAAAAAGGACUAUCUGAAUGGUUUUUGCAGUUAGUUUCUCUCAAAACCUUAUUUUCUUCAAGUCACAUACAUCCAAUGUUCAUGGCACAACUUUAGAGGUCAAGUGUUGCUCACAGUCCCAAAGCAAAACAACUAAGUCAAAUAUUGAAACAAAGAAACGGUGUUUGAGAUGCAACAUCCUUUAUUCAAAUCAACAUAAUUCUCCAGUUUCUUGCUCUUUCCAUGGUCAUACAAAUGGAGAUAGAGGUUUAUUUUCAUUUUCUCCACCUCACCAAGGAAUUGAUGGAGAAUGGAGUGAUAAAUCAGGAGUAACUGUAUACAAAUGGAAUGAGAAUAAUAAUAGGCCAAAUACUGGGCGUGCAAAUUGGAGAAAAAGAUGGAGUUGUUGUGCUGAAUAUGAUGAGAAUGCUCCUCCUUGUAGAAAGGGUUGGCAUGUUUCUUAUGAUGAUGGUUACACUAUGUAUUAACUUAGGAUUUUACUUUCAUUUGAUUCUUUUAUAUCUAUGUUUUGUUUAGAGAUAUGGUCAAUCAAUAAGAUGGGCAAUUGUUUAU